UUCGAGUAAUUUCAGUAAUCUAUUUCCGUUAUUAGGCGCUAGAGAGGUAGGCAUCGUCAUGCGAGCGCUUGGGCAAGAACCAACCGAUGAAGAAAUACAGAACCUUAUACAAGAAGUUGACCGGAGUUCCACGGGUUCGCUCACUUUUAACGACUUUCUAGCUUUCCUCGCCCAUAUUUGCCAGGACGAAGACCCCGACGAAGAAUGGGAAUCUGUGUUUAAAAGAUUUGAUAGAAACGGUGACGGAUAUAUUGACGAAAAUGACCUGCGCAAGUCUUUAAUAGAACUCAGACUUAAAUUUACCGACGCCGACAUUGAAGAAAUGAUUUGCGAAUUUUUGCCUCCUAACGCCAAAGUGCGAAGGCUUGAUUUUGAUGACUUUAUUAACAUAGUUGCGUAACACACAUAUAUAUAUAUAUGAUUGUUGUGGUGCAUGGCAGGACUGCAUUCUAUUUAAAUCAACACCGUGCUUACUGCUAUCACAAUUAUUCCAUUUGUUUGAGAAAUUGUUGUUGAAGAAGGACUGACUUCUUUGAGGCGUUUAUUAAUGAGAUUGUGACCAUAAAUUAAUAUGUUGGUUUUAACUGUUAGUUGGCGUUCUUCUCCUUUAAAUUAAUGCAUCAGUCUAAUGCAUUGUUACGCUGCUAGCAGAUUCUUACAUUCAAACAUAAUAUUGUAUAACCUUAAUGUUCAGACGAAUUCUACCAAACAUGUACCUUGUAUUCUUAUUUUUGGUGCUUCUUACUUUAAUGCAAUCUUCAAUUUUCAGCUUUGCGCUUUCAUAACGCGUGUUCAUAAUACAAUGCAAAUGUUGCAUAA